CCCCACGUCCUGGGAGUGUGGAAGGUGGGAGAAAGAGGAAGGGGUACAACCCGGGUGGGUAAGUCGGGCGAGAGUGCGGUACGGCCGCGGGGCGGUGCCGCGGGGGGCGGUGCAGCAGCAGCGGGGCGGCCCCAGGGCGGUGCCGCCGCCGGGACCUUUAAAAGCCGGCGGGGCCGCUCGCGCCGGGCGCUGCCGGCCGAGCCGAGCGGAGCCGUGCGAGCCUUCCCGCCGCCGAGCCGCCUCUCCCAUGCGCCUGCCGAGCAUGUCCCAGCCAUUCCUGCUGGCGCCCAUCGCCGAGUGCCCCCCGGGGCCGCCCGGCGCCCAGGUCCGCCUGGCCGUGCUGGGUGCCCGCGGCGUCGGCAAGAGCGCCAUGAUCGUGCGGUUCCUGACCAAGCGCUUCAUCGGCGACUAUGAGCCCAACACAGGUGAGGUGAGGUGGGGCGCGGCGGGGCCGGGCGCGGCGGGACCCCGCGUCCGGCGGCUCACGGCUCUCUGCUCCCCAGGCAACCUCUACUCCCGGCUGGUCCAUCUGGACGGGGACCACGUUGCCGUACAGAUCCAAGACACGCCGGGAUGCAUUCAGGUGCAGGAGGACUGCGUGCAGGUGCUGGACUCCCUGUCCCGGUGUGUGAAGUGGGCAGAGGGCUUCCUGCUGGUCUACUCCAUCACAGACUACAGCAGCUACCAGUCCGUCCAGCCUCUCUACCAGCACAUUCGCAAGGUGCACCCCGAAGCCAGGACUCCCAUCAUUAUUGUGGGGAACAAAGCAGACCUCCUCCACGCCAGGCAAGUUCAGGCAAAAGAGGGACUACAGCUGGCAGAUGAACUGGGCAGCCUGUUCUUGGAAAUCUCCACCAGUGAGGACUCCCAGGGUGUCUGUGAUGUCUUCCAAUACCUUUGCAAGGAGGUCAGCAAACUACAGCUUGCUGGCAGCACGGACAGGAGGCGGUCAUCCAUCAUCCCUCGGCCCAAAUCUCCCAACAUGCAAGAUCUAAAGAGACGUUUCAAACAGGCUUUAUCUUCCAAAGUCAAGUAAACCUCCCAAUGACAUCCUCUGGGACUCAAAAGAAUUUAUUUUUGUAAACUAGUUAAUAAAAAUCUUUAUUUUUGUACUAAUGCCAGCAGUGUAGAAGUAAGUAUGUCAAAGCUUGCCAUUUCCUUGCUGUUCUCUCAUUUGACUGGUUGGGUUAUUUUUAAAGAAAAAAAAAAGGAAAAAAAAAAAGCUGCAUAGCAACUAAAUAAAGGUUGUUGGAAAGGGGACUUUUGCCAAGAGGCUUUGAUUCCAUUUCUUUUUUGGGGGGGACUUGGAGUUUCUGUAUUAAGCUACUGAUAUGAUUUUCUCUGGAGGUUUCAAUUUCCUAUUUGUAAAAUGGGAGUGUUAAUGAUGUAAAUCAUUACCUGCCUUUAUACAAUGCUUGGAAAGCCAUGGGUGGAAAACUUUGUAGGAGAUGAUAAAAAAAAGCUCUAUUAAACAUGAAAAUAUAAAAGGGUCUGUAAGCAUUCUGGUUUUAACAGAACUGCUUCCUCCCUCAAAGCUGCUGUUUUGCUUGCACCUGUAAUAGCUGAAUGCUGAUAGGCUGUUGGGAAUGAGCUCCAAUUUCUGAUGUGCCUUAGAGAUCUGUCCUACAGAAUUAAUCAUUUGAGCCCCAAGCAUUUAACAGGAGGGUUGAGUUUCUCCUACAGACUGCUGUGGAACAAAGUGCUGAGCAAUCCACAGCUGAGGAGUGUGUGGGUUGGCUGUUGCUUUCUCUGGAGAUGUGUGAUAGGAAGGACUGAUGCGUAGGACUUUUUCCUUGUAUAGAAAAUAGCCACGUUUGAAAGGAAUCACACCUUUAUCUUUCUCAGAGUAAUUUUUAGCUAUUGGAAACUCUUACUCUUACUUCACAUAAAUUCUAAACCAUACUAGAAUGGGUUUCAUUAACUGUUUGCUGGA